AUGUCCCGGUUGUAUGCCCUCUUAGGGCUCCUCGCCUCCGCGGCCGCCCUCAACCCCUCCUGCAGCCCCGGGGGCAACUUCGACCUCACCAAAUGGAACCUCCAACUCCCCACGGGAAGCACGGGGAGUCCUCAGACGAUCUCGGGGUCGUCGUUAGCCGGAUGCAGCGGCUACAGCAGCAGCGUCUUCUACACGGACGGCUCGACCGGCGAGCUGGUCAUGACGGUGCCGGGGUCCCCGUCGAGUGCGGGCUGCGUCACCACGCCCAACAGCAAGCACUGCCGGACCGAGUUUCGCGAAAUCAGCCCGUCCAGCUGGAGUCCCAGCAAUGGGAACAAUCGCCUGCGGGUGACCUUGUCGGUGCCGCAGCCGGACGACUCGUCGCAUGGGACGGUGAUCGGACAGAUCCAUAUCGAUGACUCGAUCUCUUCAAAGCCCGUCUGCGAGUUGUUCUACAGCUCCUCCGGCCAAAUUACGAUGGGGGUGGAGCGCACCCGCGCCGGCGGCGAACUGCUCUACACCACCAUCGCCACCAUCCCCGUGGGCACGAGCUUCACCUACGAGAUCCGGUACGAGAGCGCCCAGCUCUCGGUGGCGGUCAACGACGGCGGGUUUGUGCAGCUCUCCCAGUACGAGCUGGCCAACCCCAACAGCUACUUCAAGGUGGGCAACUACAACCAGGGCGACUCGUACUCCGAGGUGCGCAUCCAGUCGAUCACCGUGACGCAC